CUUACCAUCGAUAUAACAAAAAAAUCGAUACUCGCUGCAUCGGUGUUUUCAUCCAUCGCUAGAAACUUUUAAAGUUUAAAUACAUUUGUCUGCCGCAAACGUUAAACGCGCUACUUGCAACUCCUGAGACGCAGUGAAUAAACGCGAGUUAAGUGCUGGCUGAAUACAGCUUCACUUGACGACAUUUGCUAUUUGCGGGCGAGUGCAAGGCGUGUGUUUCGGUGUUCGAAAAAGUGCUGAGAACAAGAGACUGAAAAAGUUCUGAAAAGUUAGUGGGUUGUACAUCUCGCUCCCCGAAAAUCAACGGUGCUCAAUUAAUAAACAAAUCGGCGGAGCAACAAGAGAUUUCGACACGUGAUCUGGGAGCAGGAAAGCCGUCACCUUAUAAGGAGCCGAGUUGCGUAACCCACGCCCCACAGCCACAGCCAACCUGGCUGGGAGCAGCUGCCUCACGAUUGAUCGCCCGCAACACCAGAAUACUGAAUCGCCGUCCAGCGCCAGCCAGCGAGCCAAGAGCAAGGGGAAGAUGGCCAGCACCGGCGAGAUCUGGCUGCAGUGGUUCUCGUGCUGCUUCCAGCAGCAGCGCUCGCCCUCCCGCCGCCCACACCAACGCCUGCGCAUCGACCGGUCCAUGAUCGGCAAUCCCACCAACUUCGUCCACACGGGCCACAUCGGGUCCGCGGACGUGGAGCUGUCGGCCAACCGCCUCAACGCGAUCUCAACCCAGAUGCAGAGCAAGGGUGGCUACGAAACCAACUCGAUACACUCGCUGCAUGCCUGCUGAUGGAAGCCCCCAUCACCUGGCAACAUCUCCGCUAUGAAGUGCAUUUCGUGCAAUUUUUACAGAGAAGGAGGACAGGAGCGAAGCAGCAGACAUACAUUUGACGAUUCGUGCUAUCGGACGAGGAGGGCCAAUGGAAUGGAGGGAAUGGAGUGGAGGCGCACAGUGCUGGAAGUCAUGAGGAGGUGCUUAGUUAGGUUCCACACAGAAAAAAAACCAGACUGCGCGACAACGGAAUGCAUUCCGGCUUUUAUCCGCGGAUCCACUUGAUUUUGGGUGAUUUGCUUUUUGUGAGUAUUAGCUAAAUGAAAAAUCGCAAAGAGUGCCAAGCGACUAAAAUCAACCGACAAUUAAGCCUGAAACGAAUAUACACAGAGUCAGUUUGAGGAUUAGGUAUCACUUUUAGAUGUACUUAAUGACAAAACAAAGAAAUCCAGAGGGAACUCCUGUUAAGUUCCUAACCAUAAUGAUUACCAUUUCCAAAGCCCAUUUUUGAGAUCAUUCAUUGAGCUCUUACGAAAACUGCCUUAUAAUCACCAGCAGCAAUAAAUAGUCUGACCCAUGGAUUUUGAAACGGUGCAA